UUCAAAUGUACCAAUAUACAUUUUAAAUUGUUAAAUCUGCAAUAAAUUUAUCAUCUGAAAUCUGAAUAUGAAUCUCGUGACUUAUCAAAUUGACAGUUUGUCACUAAUUAGACGUAUUAGAAAAUAAUCUUCCAAAGAAAAAUGUCCAAGCAAAAAGGAAGAUCGCACGAAUCGCUCGUUUCGAAAAAUCCAACAAACAACGAAUGCAUUUCGGACAAGUCAGAAGUCGAAGCACCUUCUAUUCAAACCAGAAAAGAAUUUACUGAUGCGUUUUUCUUUGCCAUGUUCGAAACGAUCAUAAAAAGUCGCGAAGUGCGCCCGAGCAUCGAUAUAACUAUGAUGGGCAGAGAAAUGAUGGAGCAUGAAACCGAAACUAUCGCUGCCGGAGCGGUUAGUUUUAAAUUUUUAAUGGAGGAGUCCAUGAUCAUUCCGAUACCAACCAACGAAGAGACUAUCGACUCCAUCCGAUUGAGCAAGGACUCGAGAAAAAGCUUCGACAAUUCUAUCAUAAGAAACUCGGAGAGCGACAAAGAGGACUCAACCUUGGUAAGUGGAGAGAAAUUGGAAUUCACUAACGGCAACAAAUACACCGGUAAAAUAAAAAACGGUCUGAUGCACGGCAAAGGUCUGUUUACAUGGAACGAUGGUUCUCAGUAUAAAGGGCAAUUUUGUGAGGGAUUUCCAUGCGGAAUGGGAAAAAUGUGUUUGCCGGAUAUGUCCGUUUAUCUCGGUAACUUUUGGCGGGGCGAGUUUCACGGAUUCGGCACGUUAAACGUUACCGGUACCAAAAUGAUUUACAGCGGUAACUGGAGUGACGGUAAGAAACAUGGACGCGGUUGGCUGUUGCACGAACCUGACAAUUUUUACGAGGGUAUGUGGUCAAAUAACUUCCGACACGGAUACGGAUUUAGGAGCUACAAAGAUGGAGGGAAGUACAAAGGAAAUUGGAAGGAAGGACUGAGGUCGGGAAAAGGAACGAUGUUGUAUUCGAACAACGACUAUUACAAAGGAGAGUGGAGUGACGGUGUGCCCCACGGUUACGGAGAAUACACGUGGAACACGUAUUUGAACACGCGUCUCGUCGUGCCCGUGUUGAACUAUUACAAAGGCAGUUGGGAAAAGGGCAUGAGGCACGGAGCAGGGGAAAUGAAUUUCGGCAGCGAAACCGGCGCGAGGAUGGCCGGAAUAUGGGUGAACAACUUGAAACAUGGUCCGGGAGUUAUGAUCUCCAAGUUGGGGCAACGGGUGGAGAGGUUGGCUUUGUUUCUGAACGACAAACCGGCAUCGCAGAAUCAAAAGAGCUCCAGCGCUAAUCCGGUGCUCGGUCGCCGUUCGAACGAGAAGACCAAUAAGGACGGUGCCGGUCCGGAUCUGAUCAAGGAGAUCAACCAAAAUCGAACAUCGAAACUUUCGGACGUUUCCGAAUCACAGAGGGCCUACAUGAGAUCGGUGGAGAAGGAUAUGCUAAGAAAUUCCGUGUGUCAAAACAUGAAUCAUUUGAGAGAGUUGUACAGAAAAUACGCAACCAUCGCAACCGACGAAGACUUUGAAGAAAUGGACGUGUUGCUCAUCCGUCUGUUUCUGUGGCAGUUGUUGAGGGACGUCGAGAUUUAUCGGGGAGGCAAAUCACUGAUCGAAAUCGACAAAUUUCUCGCCCAAAAUCCGGAUUUGCUGAUUGAAGAUCCGCACGAUCCGUUCGAACCGAUUUAUUUUUGGCAGUUUAUACAAAUCGUUUUCGCUUUGGCCUGUCAUUUUUACAAGGUCGGUCUUUUGCAAUCUGUUGUUCCUCGCGGACCGAUUUGUGCAUCGAUAUUCAAAGCGUUUCUGCACAACGAAGUGUUGGUUAAAAUUGCGAAUCCAACAGGUAUCGCGUUAAGAGAGUACAGAGAUUUGGUACCCAUUUACAGGGUGUAUGCGUUAUAUUUGUGCGUGGGAGAAGCACAUACGGCGAAACAAUUUUUAAACAAGGUCUGUGUCAAGAAAGCGACCGAACCUUCUUGCUAUUGUCCCCUCUUCGACGAAACGUCCGCGGACUCGUACGAGAAACCGCCCGUCAAUGGACUGAAUGCUUUUCCUUUCGACCACACCUUGGACUAUUUGAUCAUCGACCUGAAGUUGGGAGAGAGGCCGCAGAUUAAGGAUCCGUUGAUGAAAGAAGACGAUUUCAGAAACACGUUGAACGCGUUACGCUUUUUACGACCGCGACGUGUGGUUCAAUGUCUGACAACUGUCUGUCCUUUGAUCAAGAAGAAAGAUCUCAUCGUCAACAUGGAGUACAAGUUGUGCUUCCUCGAGUUCUACGAGGUGUUUCUGUUGUGCGCCAAAACUUUGGUGGAAGGAAAGCUCGUGCAAAAAUUUGGUAAACUGGAAACGGGUGUCGAUAAACCGAAAUCUGAACCUGUAAUUGCGGUUCCUUCGAGGAACGAUGCCGUCAAGAAAAAGAAGAAAGGGACUAAAUAAAUGCAAAUUCAAUGAUCAUAUAUUUCUCUUGUAAUUAAUGAAUAACUAACUAAUAUAAAAUUGAUAAUGAUGUACAA